AUGCGCGAAGGAUUCCUCACACCAUUCAAAGGUGUGCGGUAUCACUUAAAGGAGUGGGGACCUGCUGCGUAUAAGCCCCAAAACCCUCAAGAAAUGUUUAACAUGAGGCACACCAUGGCGCGGAAUAUCAUCGAACGUGCUUUUGCGGUAUUGAAGAUGAGGAGGGGGAUAUUACGUAGUGCCAGCUUCUACCCGAUCACAACACAAACGCGCCUCAUAAUGGCAUGCUUCAUUCUCCAUAAUUUCAUUCGAAGCCAAAUGCAAGUUGAUCCAAUGGAGUUGGAACUAGGUGAUGCAACUGAGGACCUUGAAGACCUUGAACACGCAAAUGAGGACAUUUCAGCCGGGCCGGCAGGAGAUGGUGGGGAAUAUGUUGAUGCAGUUGAAUCUACUCCAGCAUGGAACCAGACCCGGACCGAGAUAGCCGAGUUUAUGUGGAAUAAUGCGUAA